AUGCCUUCAUUUCCUUCGACUCCUCUGGUUCGGCCCAGAGAGGAUGGAUUACAGCUAAGCUAUCGACUCCCGCACCGCAUUCACGCCGCAAAAGGCUAUCCUGUUCGAGCUCCCAACGGCUCCUCUAUUAUCAUCUAUGGCAAUGAGACUGGUUUGAAGGUUGUGUGGAGAGGUGGCAGAGAGUUCACAGAGUUGAAAGAGGCGGAUCGAUCACAGGGCACGGGUGGUGGAAACGACGGCGAUGAAGUUAUGAUCAUUGACUCUGAUGAGGAGGAUGCUCCUGAGACAACUCCUGGCCAAGAGGACGCUACCUACGAUUUCGUUCCAGAGGAGACAGAGGUCGACCCUGCCUUUCCCUUUGAAUCCAUUUUGCGACAAAUCGAUAUCCCAUUGGGAAGCCAUGUGUUAGAUCUGGCCAUCCCUCGUAUUCUCCCAGAAGAAGCACGAUCCCCCCUUGACCCAUUCCCACACAUCGCAAGGACCACAAUUGUCAUUGCGGCAGUCUGUUCAGACUUCUCUACUCGCAUUGUAACCCUACCUCUUCUUCCUCCUCAUCCGACCCAGACCAAGCCUUCUAGCUGGAAUAUCCAAUCUCUGACCAUCAACGGGGGUGUCACGCACCAAGAUAUUCCCCGAGGAGUUUCUCUCACAUUCACAUGCCAGGAGAGCGAUGAGCAAGAGCGUCGCAAAUCGCGAGGCCGAGUUGGAGGAUCUGGAAAAUGGGAUAUUCUCGUCGCCACACAUUCUGCAGAGGGAUCUGGAGUGCUCCUGAUACACCGACUGCCGAUUCGCGAGGAGGCAUCCGGUUUCUUUCACAUUUUAGAAGAGGAUCUUGUUUCUCAACGGCGUCCUUUGCCAUCUCCAGCUCAGGCUAUUGCUUUCAAUCCCGCAACAUAUCCAUCAGCGCGUCAUUCCAGCGUGCUGGUUGCUUUCCAUAGUGGAUGUGUCAAGAUUUAUUCAUGCUUUUCGGUUCAGAAAGCUUCAAAGGCCCCACGUCGGGGAUCUAUUGCACCGGAAGAUCACGAGACCGUUGAUGCAGAGGGCCGGUGGCUUAUCAGCUUGUAUCCUGGAUUUGAAAAGGGUACAAUGGGCUUGCCUCGCCGCAAGACGAUCAUUGACGCUGACUGGGUCCUUGGUGGCCGGGCUGUGAUGGUUCUUCUUGUUGACGGAGAAUGGGGUGUAUGGGAUAUUGAAGGCGCAGGUCCCGGAGCCACCAAGGGACCUUUACAUCGCCAGUCCAGCUUGGAGGGCGUGACUGGUGGUUCUCUGACCACAUACGCAAUCAGUGGACGGAUUGCCACACCGCCGUCUAACACGCAAUCCGAGGCAGAGCAUCGACCACGCUUUGCACCAAUGACUCCUUCUACAAAACGUGUUCGCGAGGAUACUCUUUUGAAGGGGUCGAUGACUGAAGUGAGCCCGUCCUUGCGCGGCCAGAUUUCAGUCCUCCAAAUCAACUCAUCUGGGGAUGCACUCCCAGAUGAGUCUAUUCUGCUGCGCCACGGCCGUUCGAGCGCUAUCAUUCCUAGCUUACUCUCGCUCUGGCGCAACACUGUUCGAGCCAGCGGCACCUUGGAUGCCUCUAACCGAUCGCGUGUUACUCCCUUCCAGGAUGUUAACUUGAUGGGCGAGAACUUCCAAGCGAUCAGCCAUCUGCCCGCGCCCUUGCGCCGUUCUCGAGCAGCAGAUCAACAAGCAUUUGAUGUUUUGGUUUGUGCAGAGCAUCAGAUUAUGAUUCUGGCCCCGCGUCUGGUUGAAUCCGAUGAGGAUUUGACUGCAAUUCAGGCUGCGAGACAAGACGCCACCGAUAAUGACCAACUGAUGCUCCAACGAGGCGAGCUCGACGUGGAGGGAAUGGGACGACUACUCAAUGGCAUGGCAAACGGAGGUGGAACUCAUCGCAUGGGCAGCCCCAUCAAACGGACUCGAAUCUUUGCUUAA